GGAGACUCUUGGUACUGUUUUCACCUGCAGCUUAAGCCUCUGUGGAGCUUCUUAAAGUUAUACAGACCAAUGUUUUUCUACGAGUGAGUGGGUUUUAACUAUCGGAAUGGAAGGUAAAGUCAUUGGACCGGGUCCGUACCGGGCGACGAAGCUGUGGAAUGAAACCAUUAAACUCUUCCGUGGAGGCAUGCCGCUGAGAAGGCACUGGGCAAACUUCCGCUACUAUGAUUGCAGUUUCACAGGAUCUGAGGCCGUGGAUUACCUGCAUGAGCUACUGAGGCGCAACUACAACUUUGGGCCUGAGGUGACUCGUUAUCAGACUCUGCAGCUGCUUAGGAAGUUUCUCAAGGCCCAUGUCAUUGAAGAUAUCAAAGGACGCCAUGGGACAGAGGACUUCGAAGACAACAGCCAUCUGUACAGGUUCCCCACACUAUCUCCUCUGAAGUCUUUUCCAGCAAGACCUCUCUUGAGAGGAAGCUGUGACCUGCCCAGACUCAUCCGCUGGGAUGACUAUGAAGAAUUGCCCCAACAGGAAAACAUUGCUCCACUGAAGUCAGCCGUCAUGACUUCAGAUUUGUGGAAUAAAAGGCACAGUGUGGCUAUUGGAGAUGUGCAUGAAUGCAAGCUCAUACGCAGGAAGGAGAUUACUCCAAAACAAGUGGACCACAUCUGGAAAUCAAUGACAAUUGCACAUUUACAGAGAGUGUUGGGCCUACAGUCAUUGGAUGGAGUGUUAAACCCCAAACAUGUGAACGGCAAGCACAUUGUUCACAAUGUGUUCAUUGUUAAUAAGACGGGCAUAGUCGUAUUGGAGAACAAAGCAGAGGACAUGCCCUAUUGGGUGGUAUCAGCAAUGAAAUGCCUCGCCAAUUGGCCUAAUGGCAAUGAAACCAAACAGCCAUUGUACCCAGGUUUCGAGAGAGAUGUUCUGAGAACAGUAGCAGAUUAUUUUCAGCGGCUCAAAGAACCACUACUGACUUUCCAUCUAUAUGAGGUCUUUGUCAACAUUCUUAGUCUGCUGCAGGAGGAGGAGUUAGCCACUGAGGCUCUAAAAGCCAGCUGUCUGUUACUGCCACCGGCCAACCGGAGACGCCUCCAGCUUUUGCUGCGUCUCAUGGCGCGGGUCUGCCAGAAUCCCCACCUGCCUCCCCUUAAUGACACCAUUGCAACCCGCACACUGAUGGUGCAGAUGUUCUCUCACUGCGUUCUGGGUUCAGGAGAUGAGAUGGACUUGGACGACCUGCUGGCCACCAAACUAGUGACCUUCAUGAUGGAGCACCACAACACCAUCUUUCAAGUGCCCUCCAAGCUGCGUUGCCAGGUUGAGGAGCACCUGUCCCAUCUCAAAAGAGUUCAGAUUAAAUAUGCGGGUUCAGAUACAGACUUCAGUUCAUCUCCAGCUUUUUGUAAACAGAUCAGCAGGGUGGAGUCUGAGGAGCAGAAGGUGAUAGGUACUCAGACCCCCUUACAGGAGCUGUUGGAGGGCUUGAUUGCAGACAAAGAACUCCCUGCCAAGGACAAAAGAAAAAGGCUUAAACAGUUCCAGAGGUCAUACCCAGAAGUCUACAACAAUCGAUUUCCCACAGAGGAAAGCAAAGCUGCUGUCAUACCUGAGAAAACUCCUCGACUCAAACCUAAUCUCAUGUUCUUCAACCUCAAGAAACCCUUCCAGCCUUUUCAGAGGAGCUGGAGUUUUAGGGCAUGAUGACCACUGACAUAUCUACACUUCAGGCUGUAUGCACAACCUCAACCUCACUGUUCUGAGACAAGGAGAAAUGUAGCUGUAUUGGUACUAAUUUAAAAAUAAUGAAUUUGACAUUGUAGCACUGUUAAACUAAAGACAUUUAAAGGGUCAGUUCACUCAAAUUACAUAAUAAAUAGAGAUUUCCCAUUUACAUACACAGACACACCAGUGUACAAGUAUAAAUGCUCACAAUGGCAUAGAUCACUUGUGCAGGCUACAGCAUUGACUCCACAUUAAUCCUAGAUAGAAUUAUAAACCAGGUUAAUAUUGCAUCCAUUGAAUGUGGAUGGGUGAACUGACCAUUUUAGGAAUACAUUUCUACUUACUGUUGCUAGAAAACUUGAACAAAAUAUAGGAAACAUUUACUAACAGAAAAAAAACCACUGAUGUUUCUUAAAAUGAACUUUAAUCGUUGUCCUAAAUUUGUGUGUUGGUACAUUUUCUACAUCUAAAAUACUCUGUUAGAAAGGUCUAAUGUAGGGUGGCCCUGAGAGCUCAACACACUAAGGCUGCAGUGUGUGGUUCACCUCUAUGCAGCUCUGCAUACUUUGAGGUGUUUUUUUUUGUUUGUUUGUUUGUUUGAUUUUUUUUCUCUAAAUGUUGCACGUGUUUUGUCAAGUAGGUUUUUGUAAAUUGAUUGUGUUUUGUUUAUUUGCAUGUAUUUCCUUAAUCAGCAGUCCAUUGAGCUCUCAGGGACACUGUUAGCCUGAAAAUCAGACCAGUCAGCAUGCUCAUGUUAUUCACUCUCGCAGAUGGGUCUGGCCCCCCUCCCGUUCAGACAGAUUUCCAUUCAUCCUGAGACCGGUCAGGCCAAUCACAUCCAGCCAUCCUUUAAUCCAUUUACUUCUGGUUGUCAAAGGUCAAGUUUCAGAGGCAGUAGGCUAAGCAGAAUAUUCCAUGCAUCCCUCCUCCCUGAGGGAUCCUGAGGCGUUCCUAGGCCAGAUGGGAUAUAUAAUUCCUCCUUGAUCUAUGCUGGGGUCUCCUCCCAGUUGGACGUGCCCCGAAAACCUCCAAAGAAAGGCACCCAGGAGGCAUCCUAAUCACAUGCCCAAACCACCUCAACUGAUUCCUUUCGAUGCAAAGGAGCAGUGGCUCUUCUCUGAGCUCCCUCUGGAUGUCCAGGCUCCUCACCAUAUUGCUUAAGGCUGUGCCCAGACAUCUUAUGGAGGAAACUCAUUUUGGCUGCUUGUAUCAGCAAGCUCAUUCUAACUGUCACUACCCAAAGCUGAUAACCAUAAGUGAGGUUUGGAAUGUAGAUGGACCGUUGAAUCGAAAGCUUUGCCUUCUGGCUCAGCUCCCUCUUCACCACAAUG